CCCCCGCCUCGCCCGCACCAUGAUCGCCGCGGCUUUCCUCGUGUUGCUGAGACCCUACAGCAUCCAGUGUGCUCUCUUCCUCUUGUUGCUUCUGCUGGGGACCAUCGCCACCAUCGUUUUCUUCUGCUGCUGGCACCGCAAGCUCCAGAAAGGGAGGCAUCCGAUGAAAUCGGUCUUUUCGGGUCGUUCCAGAAGCAGAGAUGCUGUUCUGAGAUCUCAUCACUUUCGCUCUGAGGGUUUCCGAGCGAGCCCUCGGCACAUCCGGAGACGAGUUGCCGCCGCCGCUGCUGCCGCCGCUGCCCGGCUGGAAGAAGUAAAGCCCGUGGUGGAAAAUCACCAUCAGAGCGAACAGGAAUCAUCAGGGAAGAAGAGAAGAAUCAAGAAGAACAGUCGUGUGCAGCCAGAAUUCUAUCACUCUGUUCAAGGUGCUUCAACCAGAAGGCCUAGCUCCGGGAACGCGUCCUACCGCUGCUCUAUGUCGUCCUCUGCGGAUUUUUCUGAUGAGGAUGAUUUCAGCCAGAAAUCCGGCUCAGCAUCUCCAGCUCCUGGAGACACCUUACCCUGGAAUUUACCUAAACAUGAGAGGUCCAAAAGAAAGAUUCAAGGGGGCUCGGUGCUGGACCCGGCUGAGAGGGCUGUGCUUCGGAUCGCAGAUGAGCGGGACAAAGUUCAAAAGAAAACAUUUACAAAAUGGAUAAAUCAGCACCUCAUGAAGGUUCGGAAACACGUGAAUGAUCUCUACGAAGACCUGAGGGAUGGGCACAAUCUGAUCUCCCUUCUGGAGGUCCUUUCUGGAGACACCUUGCCAAGGGAGCGAGACUUUCUGAAGACCUUACGGUUGGUGAGUGCAACAGCAGCAUGCGGGUGUGAGCAGCAUGAGGAUGUGGAGGAUGAGGACAAGGGGCCCAGAGAGAAGGGUCGGAUGCGCUUUCAUAGACUGCAGAAUGUACAGAUUGCACUGGACUAUUUGAAAAGACGCCAGGUGAAGUUAGUGAAUAUUAGAAAUGAUGACAUAACAGAUGGAAAUCCGAAGCUGACUUUGGGGCUAAUAUGGACAAUAAUUUUGCACUUUCAGAUAUCUGACAUCCAUGUAACAGGAGAGUCAGAGGACAUGUCUGCGAAAGAAAGGUUACUACUGUGGACACAGCAGGCAACAGAAGGCUAUGCUGGAGUACGGUGUGAAAAUUUCACUACCUGCUGGCGAGAUGGGAAACUAUUUAAUGCCAUCAUUCAUAAAUACAGGCCGGACCUGAUAGACAUGAAUACUGUUGCUGUUCAAAGCAACCUUGCAAAUUUAGAGCACGCUUUUUACGUAGCCGAAAAAAUCGGUGUUAUAAGACUUCUGGACCCCGAAGAUGUCGAUGUCUCUUCACCUGAUGAAAAGUCAGUAAUAACCUAUGUGUCCUCCCUCUAUGACGCGUUUCCCAAAGUCCCCGAAGGUGGUGAAGGCAUUGGCGCAAACGAUGUUGAAGUCAAAUGGAUCGAAUACCAGAAUAUGGUGAACUACCUCAUCCAGUGGAUUAGACACCACGUGCUCACAAUGUCUGAGAGAACAUUUCCUAACAAUCCCGUGGAACUAAAGGCACUUUAUAAUCAGUACCUACAGUUUAAAGAGAAAGAAAUCCCACCAAAGGAGACAGAGAAAUCGAAGAUUAAGCGGCUAUAUAAACUGUUAGAGAUCUGGAUAGAGUUUGGACGCAUCAAACUCCUUCAAGGUUAUCAUCCAAAUGACAUUGAAAAGGAAUGGGGCAAACUCAUCAUCGCCAUGCUCGAGCGGGAGAAGGCGCUGAGACCCGAGGUGGAGAGGUUGGAUAUGCUGCAGCAGAUUGCUUCCCGAGUUCAGAGGGACAGUGUCAUCUGUGAAGACAAACUGAUCCUAGCCCGAAAUGCUCUCCAGUCUGACUCUAAAAGAUUAGAAUCAGGGGUGCAAUUUCAGAAUGAAGCAGAAAUUGCCGGGUACAUUCUUGAAUGUGAGAACCUUUUACGCCAGCAUGUGAUUGACGUGCAGAUUCUGAUUGAUGGAAAAUAUUACCAGGCAGACCAGCUGGUGCAGAGGGUUGCAACGCUGCGUGACGAAAUUAUGGCCUUAAGGAAUGAAUGCUCCUCCGUGUACAGCAAAGGACGCAUGCUGACCACAGAACAGACAAAGCUCAUGAUAUCAGGAAUCACUCAAAGUCUAAACUCAGGAUUUUCACAGACCUUACACCCCAGUCUGAACUCAGGGCUCACCCAGGGUUUAACGCCUUCCUUGACCUCUUCUAGUGUGACUUCUGGCUUGUCCUCGGGGAUGACUUCCCGACUGACUCCGUCCGUUACUCCAGCUUAUACACCUGGUUUCCCAUCAGUAGCAGCGCCAAGUUUCACUUUAGGAGUCGAGCCGAAUUCAUUUCAGACCCUGAAGCUGAUGCAGAUACGAAAGCCCCUUCUAAAGUCAUCUUUGCUGGAUCAGAAUUUGACAGAAGAGGAAGUCAAUAUGAAAUUCGUUCAGGAUCUCCUGAACUGGGUUGACGAGAUGCAGGUGCAGCUGGACCGCACUGAAUGGGGCUCAGAUUUGCCAAGUGUUGAAAGCCAUUUAGAAAACCAUAAAAAUGUUCACCGAGCCAUUGAAGAAUUUGAAGCUAGCCUUAAGGAAGCUAAAAUUAGCGAGAUUCAGAUGACGGCGCCUCUUAAGUUAACAUACACAGAUAAGUUGCACAGAUUAGAGAGUCAAUAUGCAAAACUAUUGAAUACAUCCAGAACUCAGGAGCGGCACCUUGAUACGCUCCAUAACUUUGUCACACGGGCAACUAAUGAGCUCAUCUGGUUGAAUGAAAGGGAAGAGGAAGAAGUUGCUUAUGACUGGAGUGAGAGGAACACCAGUGUUGCUCGGAAGAAAGGGUACCAUGCGGAGCUAAUGAGAGAACUAGAGCAGAAGGAGGAAAGUAUCAAAGCCGUUCAGGAGAUCGCCGAGCAACUGCUCCUAGAAAACCACCCAGCCCGGUUGACGAUAGAGGCGUACAGGGCAGCGAUGCAGACCCAGUGGAGCUGGGUCCUACAGCUCUGCCAGUGUGUGGAGCAGCACAUCAAAGACAACACUGCAUAUUUUGAGUUUUUCAACGAUGCCAAAGAAGCAAGUGAGUACCUAAGGAAUCUGAAGGACGCCAUUCAGCGCAAGUACAGCUGUGACAGAUCCAGCAGCAUCCACAGACUGGAAGACCUCGUUCAAGAGUCCAUGGAAGAAAAGGAAGAGCUUCUGCAGUACCGAAGCUCGGUGGCCGGCCUGAUGGGGAGGGUAAAGACAGUAGUGCAGCUGAAGCCGAGGAACCCUGACAAUCCACUCAAGACUUCCAUCCCCAUCAAAGCUAUCUGCGACUACAGACAGAUCGAGAUAACCAUUUACAAGGAGGAUGAAUGUGUUUUGGCAAACAAUUCUCAUCGCGCUAAGUGGAAGGUCAUUAGUCCUACUGGGAACGAGGCUAUGGUCCCAUCUGUGUGUUUUACUGUCCCCCCACCAAACAAAGAAGCAGUUGACUUUGCAAACAGAAUUGAACAACAGUAUCAGAAUGUGCUCACGCUUUGGCAUGAGUCUCACAUAAACAUGAAGAGUGUAGUCUCCUGGCAUUAUCUAGUCAGUGAAAUUGACAGGAUUCGAGCUAGUAACGUAGCUUCGAUAAAGACAAUGUUGCCUGGCGAACACCAACAGGUUCUGAGUAAUCUCCAGUCUCGAUUGGAAGAUUUUCUGGAGGAUAGCCAGGAAUCCCAAAUAUUUUCAGGCUCAGAUAUAGCUCAACUAGAAAAGGAGGUGAAUGUAUGUAGGACAUAUUAUCAGGAGCUUCUCAAGUCUGCAGAAAGAGAGGAGCAAGAGGAGUCGGUGUAUAAUCUCUACAUCUCGGAAGUGAGAAACAUUCGGCUUCGGCUAGAGAGCUGUGAAGACAGGUUAAUUCGGCAGAUACGGACUCCCCUGGAAAGAGACGACUUACAUGAGAGCUUGUUCAGAAUCACAGAGCAGGAGAAACUAAAGAAAGAGCUGGAGCGGCUUAAAGAUGAUUUGGGAACGAUUACAAACAAGUGUGAAGAAUUUUUCAGCGAAGCGGGGGACUCGCCAUCUGUGCCCACUCUGCGAUCAGAGCUCAGCGUGGUCAUUCAGAGCAUGAGUCAGAUCUACUCUAUGUCCUCCACUUACAUAGAGAAGUUGAAAACGGUUAAUUUGGUAUUAAAAAACACUCAAGAGGCAGAAGCCGUCGUCAAACUCUAUGAGACCAAACUCUGUGAAGAAGAAGCAGUAAUCGCCGACAAGAAUAAUAUUGAGAACUUAAUGAGUACUCUGAAGCAAUGGCGGUCAGAAGUGGAUGAGAAGAGAGGGGUGUUCCAUGCUUUGGAGGACGAGUUACAGAAAGCGAAAGCCAUCAGCGACGAGAUGUUUAAGGCGCACAAAGAGCGGGACCUUGACUUUGAUUGGCACAAGGAAAAGGCAGACCAGCUGGUUGAAAGGUGGCAGAAUGUCCAUGUGCAGAUUGACAACAGGCUUCGGGACCUAGAAGGAAUUGGGAAGUCACUGAAGUACUACAAAGAUUCCUACCACCCUCUAGAUGACUGGAUCCAGCAAAUUGAAACUACCCAGAGAAAGAUUCAGGAGAAUCAGCCAGAAAACAGCAAAGCCCUAGCCUUACAGCUGAAUCAACAGAAGAUGCUGGUGUCUGAGAUAGAGGCAAAACACAGCAAAAUGGACGAAUGUCAGAAAUAUUCCGAGCAGUACUCAGCCACAGUCAAGGACUAUGAAUUGCAAACAAUGACCUACAGGGCUAUGGUCGAUUCACAGCAGAAGUCUCCAGUGAAACGGCGGCGGAUACAGAGCUCCGCGGACCUCAUCAUUCAAGAGUUCAUGGACCUACGGACUCGAUACACUGCCCUGGUCACUCUUAUGACACAGUAUAUUAAAUUUGCUGGUGAUUCACUGAAAAGGCUGGAAGAGGAGGAGAAGUCUUUGGAAGAAGAGAAGAAACAACAUGUUGAAAAGGCCAGAGAACUGCAGAAAUGGGUAUCCAAUAUCAGCAAGACAAUGAGAGAUGGGGAGAGAGCUGGGAAACCUCUCUUCUCUAACCAACAGAUUUCCAGUAAAGAAAUAUCAAUCAAAAAGGAGCAGUUCUCCGAAGCUCUUCAAGCCACACAGCUUUUCUUAGCUAAACAUGGAGACAAACUGACAGAUGAAGAAAGAAGUGAAUUGGAGAAACAACUGAAAGCUCUUCAAGAAGGUUAUAAUUUAUUAUUCAGUGAAUCUCUGAAACAGCAAGAAUCGCAACCCUCUGGAGAUACGAAGGUAGAGAAGCUGGAUAAAGUGAUUGCAGGCACCAUCAAUCAGACAACUGGAGAGGUCCUUUCCAUCUUCCAGGCAGUUUUAAGAGGCCUUAUUGACUAUGAGACAGGAAUCAGGUUGUUUGAGGCACAGCUAGUGAUCUCUGGUUUAAUUUCACCAGAAUUAAGAAAGUGUUAUGACCUCAAAGAUGCCGAAGGCUGUGGCCUCAUUGAUGAACAAAUUCUACGCCAACUGAAAGAACUCAACGAAGUAAAGCAGAUCAUUUCUGCUGCAUCACCAACCACGAUUCCCGUGCUAGAUUGUCUGGCCCGAGGCGUGGUAUCGGAGUCCAUGGCCAUCCGAGUUCUUGAGAUGCUGCUUUCUGCUGGCUCUCUGGUGGUUCCAGCCACAGGCGAACGCCUGACCUUACAGAAGGCUUUCCAGCAGAAUUUGAUUUCCUCGGCAUUGUUUUCUAAAGUCCUAGAGAGGCAAAAUACUUGCAAAGAUCUCAUUGACCCAUGCACUUCGGAGAAGGUAUCCUUAACUGACAUGGUACAAAGAAGCAUUUUGCAGGAAAAUACCGGGCUUUGGCUUCUACCCGUGAGACCACAGGAAGGGGGCAGAAUCACAUUGAAAUGUGGGAGGAGCAUCAGUGUCCUAAGAGCAGCUCAUGAAGGGCUCAUAGACCGUGAAACCAUGUUUAGGCUAUUAGGUGCACAGCUUCUGUCUGGUGGUCUGAUCAAUUGCAGCUCUGGUCAGAAAAUGACUGUCGAAGAAGCCAUGGCAGAGGGGAUGAUUGACAGAGACACAGCAAGUAGCAUCCUCACCUACCAGCUUCAGACAGGUGGGAUCAUGCACUCAAACCCUGCUAAGCGACUGACAGUAGAUGAAGCCGUGCAGUGUGACUUGAUAACUUCCAGCAGUGCUCUCCUAGUUCUGGAGGCCCAGCGGGGCUAUGUUGGGCUCAUUUGGCCCCACUCUGGUGAAAUAUUUCCCACAUCCUCUUCCUUACAGCAAGAGUUGAUUACAAACGAAUUAGCCUACAAAAUUCUGAAUGGGAGACAGAAAAUCGCGGCUCUCUACAUCCCAGAAAGUUCUCAGGUCAUUGAUCUGGAUGUUGCUAAGCAGCUGGGAAUUAUAGAUAAUAAUACAACAUCAAUUUUAAAAAAUAUAACGCUGCCAGACAAGAUGCCAGACUUAGGAGAUUUAGAAGCUUGUAAAAAUGCCAAGAGAUGGCUCUCCUUUUGUAAAUUCCAGCCAUCUACAGUUCAUGAUUAUAGGCAAGAAGAGGGUGGCUCUGAGGGUGAAGAGCCAGUCACGGUCCAGAGCUCAGAACAAACUAAAAAGUUGUUCCUAUCUUAUUUAAUGGUGAACAGCUACAUGGAUGCAAACACAGGGCAGAGGCUUUUGCUCUACGAUGGAGACUUGGACGAAGCUGUGGGCAUGCUCCUGGAAAGCUGCAGUGAAGAACUCGGAGCUGACCCCUCUGUAAAAGAAAGUCUCUCUGUCUUAAGCAUCCCUGGUACCUUUCCUAAUUGUGCUUCAAGUAAAGAAAAGGAUGAGUGUUCGGCUUCAGCAUCUGGUUCUGAUAAAUGUCCCUACAGACAGCCUGAGCAUAAAGAGGCUCUUGAAAACAGAGAGUGGGCCGUACAUGAAGAGUUUUGUAAAGCAGAAAACAAUGAUAACAGUAGUGAAUUGUGUUGGUCAGAAAACCUAACGAAUACAACAGCAAUUGUUCAUAAAGCCAGUAGUCCAUCUAGUGUGUGUGUCCCCAAACCUACAUCACAUUCAAUACAGCCUGAAUAUGCAGAAGGGAGCAUGUGCAGACAUGAUUCUGAUGACGUUCUUAAAGACCAUAAACAUCAAAGUGAGCUUGAAACCAAGGCACAUCCAGAUGAAUGUAACCAUUCUAAAAUCACUCAUGAUUCGGCAGGUAACUCUUUGACAUCAAAAACUGGUAGUCUUUGUGAUUGCAACGAAAGAGAGAAUGAAGAUAAUAUGCAGAAAGACCCAUCUGUCUUUGACUAUUCCCCCCAGCUGAGUGCCCUGCUAAGUCACGAUGAGUUGAGACACAGUCAGGGAAGUUUCAGUGAUACACAAACCCCACAGAACAUGGGACAUGUAUGUGAAGCUUCUCCCUUGUCGUUCAAUGACCUAAGUGUGUCAGCUGAUCGAAGUACAAGAGAAAAAUUCCAAGACCAGUUUCUGGGAAUCGCAGCCAUUAACAUCAGCUUCCUGGGGGAGCACUGUGAACAGAAAUGUUUAGAUACUGGGUGUAGCAAUCCUCACAUACCACGUCACGGUGAUGAGUGCUUGUCAGAUGCUCCGGGUGAGGGUGAAAAUACUCAACAAACGGAUGGGAAUGAGAAAAGUGGGUCUGAGGUAGAUUAUUCCCGUACCAUGAUCCCUGGGGAUGGUUCCUGUAACACAGACACAUCUAUUUGUGGUACACUAGCUCAUGAAGGAGCCAUUGAUGCUGGUGACUAUGAGACAUCACUGCUCGCUGAUCAGACUGACACAGACUCUGAGAGUGAUGAUUAUUUUUACGACACUCCCUUGUUUGAGGAUGACGACCAUGAUUCUCUGGUUCUUCAAGGCGAUGACCAAGAUUGUUUGCAUCCUGAGGACUAUGAUGUGUUGCAGGAGGAAAAUGAUGGGACCCCUCCCCUUGUUGAUAUUUUGUAUGAUGUUUCAAAAGAGAAGAACGAUCCUUUGUUCCCCCAAGGAGGAAUGGUUGACAGCCUAAGUGCGAAGAGCCCAAUGCCUCCUUCUCAGGAAUGUCUUGUAGGUAUGGAGAAACCUGAACUGUAUUUACUUGACCAGAAACCGUUAAAUUCAGUUGGCUCAGCCAAGAUGAACGAACAGUUAAUGGAACCUGUAUCCAAAAGGGGAAACCCAUGUGACCUUGACAGUAAUGGUUCUGACUCAUUGACUGAUGGUGAAGUUAUAGGAAGGAAAGAGAGCUCAGAUGAUAGUUGGAGAGGGAGAAGAGAAGAGUGUGACAUCAGCCAAGAAAGUCAGUCUGAUACUGACCGUGUAGGUUCCAUGCAAAGCAGAGAAAGUUACGGGCACUUUAUAUGUGAUGAUAGUGACACGGAUGAUGAUUACGAUGACACUCAUAGCGGGGACUACAGCAGUGAAGAUGGCGAUGACAAAGGAGGAGGACGAGGAGAGGAAGAUGAGAAUGGAAAGCCCGUGCACCAAGUGGAAGAUGCCCAGUGUGUAAAGGAACGUGAGGAUGAAAGCCAAAGUAUCAGUAACACAGUUAUCCUAGAUAAAAUGAGCCAUUACAGUCCUUUAGAAAAGCCGUACCCCACCAGUGCUUUGCAGCCAGAAUCAACUGGUAUGAGAAGUCAGGGCACCGAAAGAAGCAACCAUCCAGAACUUACGACUGAAGCCGAUGAGGAAAACGAACUAAGUCUGUCUAAUCACAUGUCAGCUAAAGAUGCGUCACUGUAUGACGCUAAAAACAACACCUCAGAACAGAUCUUUGGCUUUGAAAGUACUUUAUCUAACAAUACCGGUUUGAUUUCUGAAUUAGAAAGUGAUGUAAUGAACACAAAAGUCAAGCUGGUUCAAGGGCCAGAAUCUGCAAACAUUCUAAAAGCUGAAGAUGGGCAUCUUGAGAAUGUGACACCCAAAAUCAAUCCAUCUUCAGAUAAAAUCAUUUGUUCUGAAACUGAGUUAAUAGGAGGACCAUCUGAGGAAAGCCAGUUGUCACCCACAGUAAGUGACAAGGGUCGGCAAGGAAAUGGAAGAGGUCUGGUUACAGGUAGAGAAGGCAAAAGCGAUCCACUGGUAGAUGAAACAUCCAUUCGGGAAAUGGGCUUGGGUAAAGAAGAAGGUUUGAUGGAAGGCUCGGGAGAAGAAGAAAGUUAUCUUGAUGCAGCAGAGAGCCUCACCAUGGUUGAGAGUCAGUUUCCCCCUCUACUGACGAACACGGAGGAACUUAGUCACAGACGGGCCCCGAGAGCAGCAACUGUGACUCUGGGAGAGGAACCCAAGAGUGUGCCAAGGGAACUGAGUGAAAGUCCCGUUCCGUUUGAGACUCUUGCAGAAAUAUUUGACACCUCAGUCUCUAACGUGACUCGUGCUUACUUUGCUUCAGAUGUCGCAUGUUCUGAGGUAAAGAGCCGUGUGGAAGGAGAUUGCUUCACAGAGGGCCUGGAGAAAGAGGGUUGUCCGUUUACUUCCUUAGAACACUGUGAUAAACAUAUGAAAGUGGAUACACCAGAACCAAAUAAAAACAUCCCAAGCUGUGUCUCAGUAGUUUCUCCCCUCAAGAAGGAUGAUUUAUGGACAGUAAGUAACGCAGAGGGAACGCCAGUCAUCCCCCAGAAGACUGGCGCUAAGAUCCAGCAAAGUGAUACCUGUACCCUAGAAAGUAUCUCAGAAGGAAAACCGGGAAUUCUUCAGUUCACUCCUGGAAACAGUGACACCACACUGUCACUCUGUGACAGUGUGCAGGACGGUGGAGGAAAUGCCAGUUUUGUACAGUCCGAGCUCCAUCCGAAUGGAGUGAAAAAUACCUCCAGUAACACUUUAGAUGUGGGCUGCUCGCUGCCAGAGAGCAGCAGGGAGAGCAAAAACUCUGAGAAACAGCCAAACAGAGAGCUAGCCUUACCUGCAAGACUCCAAGAGAGAGAGGGUCAUGCUCCUGAGUGGCCUGUGGCGUUUGUGGGUGAUAGAAAGGACAUCUUGAAAGGCAUGUUAGAAGAAAGUCAUAUGAAUCUCCAAGAAGUGGGAGACCCUUCAGCUUGCACAGGCACCAAAACUUCAAUUCAGAACUUAAUCGAAAGCGUUAUCCUGUCUGAGUUGCCGGAUGAAGUAUCGGGUAUGCCUGGUCCUGGCGUUCCCCCCGGGAAUAACUCAGAACUGAAGGCAGAGAGUGGAGGUGAUCAUCUCAGUGUUGAGGGUCUUUUUGAUAUUCUGAAACAAAAACAGCAGACCCAAGAAACCCCAAGUGUUUGGGAGCUGAUCAAAGUGUUAACUCAAAUGGAGUGUGAUCCAGAGAGAAGAGGCAUUGCGUCUGAAUUAUUUCCACCGCAACUCAGAAAUGCUUUUCACAGGCUGCUUUUUGAUGGGUCUUCCACUGAAAAAGAACAGGCUCAAGCUUCGAAUCAAAAACCGUGUGCUGCUUCUAAGAUGGUGGGGGGAAAGCCAUACACAUGCAGUGGUCUUAAAGGCAAAGAAGGAAAUCACUGUUCCCUGAACCCACAAACUGAGAGAGAAACGGAGGCAGAACUCUCUACUGUGCACAUGGCAGCAUUGGCGAGAGAUGGGAAUCUUGAAGAGCGAUGCCGUGAGCCUACAGGUCAUUCAGAAUGUAUUUCUGGAUCAAAAGAAAUGGCCUCUGAUGACAGCUCAAUGGAAAAAUGUUCCAAUGAGUUGCAACAGUGUUUACAUCACACUGAGAAGAUGCAUGAAUACUUGGCUUUGCUUCGAGGUAUGAAACCCCCCUUAGACAGCCAUCCAUCUGAGGAUAACAGUCUAGAAGCCUUGAAGAGUCAGCUUAAGCAGUUAGAGACGUUUGAGUUGGGAUUUGCUCCAGUUGCUGUGCUUUUAAGAAAAGAUCUAAAGCUGGCAGAAGAGUUCUUAAAGUCUUUUCCUAGUGACCUUCUCAGAGCACACCGAGAGGAGCUGAGCAAAAGCCAUGAAGCUUUACAGAAUGCCUUCUCCUCCCUCAGCAGUGUAUCCUCAGAAAGAAAGACGCUGAUCAUGCUUGCGAUUGACUCUGAAAUGUCUAAACUCGAAGUUUGUCAUGAAGGCUUCCUACAUAAACUCACAUCACAUUCAGAGUGGGUAUCAGAGAAAAGCAAAGCUGUGAAAGAUAUUCAAACUGUGAACAUCCAAGACACCGAACUUGUAAAGAGAAGUGUGAAGUUUCUUAAGGAUGUGCUAAGAGACCUCACACACACCAAGGUGCAGCUGGAGACAGCAGCCUUUGCCAUACAGUCCUUCAUCUCUGACCAUGCACAAGAUCUGUCCCCCAACCAGAGCAGACAACUGCUGAGGCUCCUGAAUGCAACCCAGAAGGGUUUUCUUGAUGUGCAGGAGCUGGUAACCUCCGAAGCGAGCCGGUUAGAGAUGUGCUUACACCGAGAGCGGGAGCUCGGUCAUCAGAAGGUUGUGGCAGAACGUCAGCAGGAGUGCAAAGAGACGCUUCAAGGUCUGUGUGAUCUGCUCACCCAGACAGAAAACCGCCUGAUUAGUCACCAAGAAGCCUUUGUGAUUGGAGAUGGUACCGAGGAAUUAAAGAAGUGUCAGACCAAGCAAGAGGAAUUACAGAGAGAUAUGCAAGGAAGUACACAGGCAUUGGCAGAAAUAAUGAGAAACACGGAAAUCUUUCUAAAGGAGAGCGGCGAAGAGCUCUCCCAGGAAGAUAAAGCUUUGAUUGAGCAGAAACUAAACGAGGCAAAGAUAAAGUGUGAACAGCUGAACUUAAAGGCGGAGCAGUCAAAAAAGGAGCUGGAUAAAGCAGUGACGUCAGCCAUCAGGGAAGAGGCUGAAAAGGUUGUAGCCGUGAAGCAGCUGGAAGAGAGCCGAACCAAAAUAGAAACCCUUAUGGACUGGUUGUCGGAUAUUGAGAAAGACUCGGGGAGGGCAGGGAUGGAGCACACGCAAGGGACGGAGCAGAACGGAACCCAUGUGCACGAAGGUGACGGCAAGUCAGUCGCUGGUGAAGAGGAUGAAGUCAAUGGCAACCUGAUGGAGACAGAUGCUGAAGGGCGCAGAGGGGCCACGGAGGAGAAUCUGAACCAGCAGUACCAGAGAGUCAAGGCCCAGCACGAAAAGAUCAUGGCUCAGCACCAGGCGGUCAUCAUAGCCACGCAGUCUGCGCAGGCGCUGCUCGAGAAACAGGGCCACCAUCUCUCCCCCAAAGAAAAGCAGAAGCUGCAGGCGGACAUGCAGGAGCUGAAAGCGCAUUAUGAGACGGUGCUGGCCGAGGCUGAGAAGAAGGUGAAGCUGACGCACUCCUUGCAGGAAGAGCUGGAGAAGUUCGAUGCCGACUGCAGUGAGUUUGAGCUUUGGCUGCAGCAGUCAGAGCAAGAGCUGCAGAACCUGGAGGCGGGCGCAGACGACCUCACUGGCUUAACGGACAAGCUGACGCGGCAGAAGAGUUUCUCAGAAGAUGUCAUCUCACACAAAGGCGACUUGAGGUACAUCACCAUUUCUGGAAACAGGGUGUUAGAAGCUGCCAAAUCUUGCGGCAAGAGAGACGGCAGCAGGGUGGACAAGGACAACAUCGAUACUUCUGCAACCCACAGAGAGGUGCAGACUAAACUGGACCAGGCUACACACCGCUUCCGAUCUCUCUACUCCAAGUGCAGUGUUCUUGGAAAUAACCUGAAAGAUCUGGUGGACAAGUACCAGCACUAUGAAGAUGCUUCGUGCGGGCUUCUUUCCGGGCUGCAGGCCUGCGAGGCCAAAGCAAGCAAACAUCUCCUCGAGCCCAUUGCUGUGGACCCCAAAAACCUGCAAAGGCAGUUAGAGGAGAGCAAGGCUUUGCAAGGGCAGAUAUCAAGUCAGCAGGUUGCCGUAGAGAAGCUGAAAAAAACCGCAGAAGUGCUCCUGGAUGCCAAGGGCUCGCUGCUUCCGGCCAAGAAUGACAUCCAGAAGACCCUGGAUGACAUUGUAGGGAGGUACGAUGACCUGUCCAAGUCCGUGAAUGAACGGAAUGAGAAGCUUCAGAUCACACUGACCCGCUCACUGAGUGUGCAGGACGGCCUAGAUGAGAUGCUGGACUGGAUGGGGAGUGUAGAAAGCUCGCUGGUCAAGCAAGGUCAAGUGCCCUUAAACUCUGCCGCUCUUCAGGAUCUCAUCAGUAAAGACAUUAUGUUGGAACAGGACAUUGCAGGUCGUCAGAGCAGUGUAAAUGCCAUGAAUGAAAAGGUGAAGACAUUUAUGGAGACGACAGACCCUUCCACUGCAUCCACACUGCAAGCGAAAAUGAAGGAGCUGUCUGCUCGGUUUUCCGAAGCGAGUCAGAAACAUAAGGAAAAGCUUGCCAAGAUGGUGGGGCUGAAGGCCAAAGUAGAGGAGUUUGAAAAACUCUCAGAAAAGCUCCAGGUGUUUCUGGAGACGCAGAGGCAGGCACUCACUGAGGCGGACAUGCCAGGAAAAGACGUUCACGAGCUGUCUCAGAACAUGCAGGAGUCCACUACUAAAUUCUUAGAACACAAGAAAGAUCUCGAAGCUUUGCACAGCCUCCUGAAGGAGAUAUCCAGCCACGGCUUACCAGGGGACAAAGCCCUAGUGUUUGAAAAAACAAAUAACUUGUCAAAGAAAUUCAAGGAACUGGAGGAUACUAUCCAAGAAAAAAAAGAUGCUAUCAGUUCUUGCCAGGAGCAGCUGAGUGCUUUCCAGGUCCUUGUUCAGUCACUGAAGUCCUGGAUAAAAGAAACAGCAAAGCAAGUUCCUGUCGUGAAGCCUUCUUUGGGUGCGGAGGACUUGGGAAAACUUCUGGAAGAAACCAAGAAAUUACAGGAAAAGUGGAGUUUGAAAGCACCAGAAAUUCAUAAAGCAAACAACAGUGGGGUCUCACUAUGUAACCUGAUAAGUGCAGUGACAAGCCCUGCAAAGGCCAUAGCAGCAGUCAAAUCAGGUGGAGUAAUACUAAAUGGUGAAGGAACAGACACAAAUACUCAGGAUUUCUUGGCAAAUAAAGGUUUAACAUCUAUUAGAAAGGACAUGACUGACAUAAGCCAUAGUUAUGAGGACCUUGGCCUCUUACUCAAGGGUAAAAUAGCUGAACUGAAUACUAAACUCUCCAAGCUGCAAAAGGCUCAGGAAGAAUCAAGUGCGAUGAUGCAGUGGUUACAGAGGAUGAACAAAACUGCAAGCAAAUGGCACCAGACACCGACACCUACAGACACCGAGUCUGUGAAGAUGCAAGUUGAGCAGAAUAAGUCGUUUGAGGCCGAACUGAAGCAAAAUGUAAACAAAGUGCAAGAGCUGAAGGACAAACUGACAGAGCUGUUGAAGGAGAGCCCAGAGGCUCCCGAGGCCUCCACCUGGAAACAGAUGCUGACCGAGAUGGAUACUAAGUGGCAAGAGCUCAACCAGUUAACAGCUGACAGACAACAGAAGCUGGAGGAGUCCUCCAGUAACCUGACCCAGUUCCAGACUACGGAGGCCCAGUUAAAGCAGUGGCUUUUGGAGAAAGAACUGAUGGUCAGUGUCCUUGGACCUUUAUCCAUCGACCCAAACAUGUUGAGCACACAGCGGCAGCAGGUGCAGAUUCUGCUUCAAGAAUUCGACACUCGGAAGCACCAAUACGAACAGCUUACAGCAGCUGGCCGGAGCAUCCUGAGCAGACCUGGGGGAGACCCUUCUUUACACAGGAUUGUGAAUGAGCAAUUGGUGGCCGUGAUCCACAAGUGGGAGAGCCUGACUGGGCAACUGAGGGACAGGUGUGACUGGAUUGACCAGGCUAUUGUCAAAAGCACGCAGUAUCAGGGCCUCCUGAGGAGUCUGUCGGGUACCCUGAGGGAACUGGAUGACAGGCUGGGCAGCAGCCUCACCACCGGCACACUGCCCGACGCGGUGAACCAGCAGCUGGAAGCCGCCCAGAAACUGAAGCAGGAGAUCAAGCAGCAAACCCCGCAGAUCAGGACAGCCCAGGUACUCUGUGAGGACCUGUCAGCACUGGUCAAAGAAAGCUACUUGAAAGCAGAACUGAGUAGGCAACUGGAGAGCAUCAUAAAGUCAUUUAAGGACAUUGAACAAAAAACAGAGACUCAUGUCCAGCGCCUUCAGUCGGCCUGUGCAAGCUCUCACCAGUUUCAGCAGAUGUCUAGGGAUUUCCAGGCUUGGCUUGACACAAGGAAGGAAGAACAAAGAAACACCCCCCCAAUUUCAGCCAGGUUGGAUGUCUUGGAGUCGUUACUUAAAGCUCAGAGAGACUUCAGCAAAACUUUCACCGAGCAGUCUAACAUUUACGAAAAAACCAUCUCGGAAGGCGAAAAUCUGUUAUUAAAAACGCAGGGGGCAGAGAAGGCAGCCUUACAGUUACAGCUUAACACGAUGAAAACCAACUGGGACCGGUUUAGAAAACAGGUGAGCGAAAGGGAAGACGCCUUGAAAGACUCGCUGGAGAAAGCCCUCAAGUACAGGGAGCAGGUGGAAACUCUGCAGCCGUGGAUAGACAGAUGUCAGCAGAGUCUGGACAAAGUGAAGUUCUGCUUGGAUCCCGCCGAGACGGAGAAUUCCAUGGCUGAGUUAAAAUCCCUGCAGAAGGAAAUGGACCACCACGUUGGCAUGGUGGAAUCACUGAACAACACAGCCAAUAGCCUGCUCAGUGUCUGUGAGGUAGAUAAAGAGGUGGUCACAGAUGAAAAUAAGGCAUUGAUCCAGCAGGUAGACAGGGUCAGCAAACAGCUUCAGAGGAAGAAAGUCUCCCUGGAGAACAUGACCCAGAAGUUUAAAGACUUCCAGGAAGUCUCCAAAGAAGCCAAAAGGCAGCUCCUGAGUGCGAAAGAACAGUUGGAUGUCCUUCAGUCCCUAGGACCCCAGGCUUACAGUAGCAAGCACCUGACCAUGCUGCAGGCUCAACAGAAAUCACUCCAGACCCUGAAGCACCAGGUGGACUUGGCAAAAAGGCUCACCCAGGACCUCGUGAUAGAAACAGCAGACUCCAAGGGAACCUCUGAUGUCUUGUUGCAAGCAGAAACAUUAGCUGAAGAGCAUAAAACACUAAGCCAGCAAGUUGAUGGGAAGUGUUCUUUCCUAGAAACCAAGCUGCAGGGUAUUGGACACUUCCAGAAUACCAUCCGAGAGAUGUUUUCUCAGUUUACAGAGUUUGACGAUGAGCUAGAUAGCAUGGCUCCCGUGGGGAGAGAUGUAGAGACACUGCAAAAGCAAAAGGCAUCUAUAGAGAACUUUCUCAAGAAACUGGAAGCCCUCAUAGCAAGCAAUGCCAGUGCAAACAACACCUGCAAGAUGAUGCUGGCCACGGAAGAAACCUCUCCUGACCUUGUUGGAAUCAAAAGGGACUUAGAAGCCUUGAGCAAACAGUGCAACAAGUUGCUAGACCGAGCAAAAGCCAGAGAAGAGCAGGUGGAAGGCACCACUGAGAGGCUUGAAGAGUUGUACCGGAAACUGGAGGAGUUCUCGACCCUCCUCCACAAGGCCGAAGAGCACGAAGAGUCCCAAGGUCCAGUCGGGACAGAAACAGAGACAAUUAACCAGCAACUUGACAUAUUUAAGGUGUUCCAGAAAGAAGAGAUUGAACCUUUGCAGGCGAAGCAGCAAGACGUGAACUGGUUAGGCCAAGGCCUCAUUCAGAGCGCAGCUGCAAACACGUGCACUCAGGGGUUGGAGCGCGACCUGGACGAUGUCAAUGCCCGGUGGAAAACUCUCAACAAGAAGGUGGCUCAGCGAGCAGCCCAGCUCCAGGAGGCCCUGCUCCACUGUGGGAGGUUCCAGGAUGCGCUGGAGUCCCUGCUUAGCUGGAUGGCGGACACUGAGGAACUCGUGGCCAAUCAGAAGCCCCCGUCAGCAGAGUUCAAAGUGGUGAAGGCCCAGAUACAAGAGCAAAAGCUUCUGCAGAGACUGCUGGAAGACCGGAAGUCCACUGUGGAGGUGAUCAAACGAGAAGGAGAGAAAAUCGCUGCCUCGGCAGAGCCUGCCGACAAAGUAAAGCUGUCCAGGCAGCUGAGCCUCUUGGACAGUAGAUGGGAGGCACUUCUUAUCAGAGCCGAAGCAAGGAACCGCCAGUUGGAAGGUAUCUCGGCUGUAGCUCAGGAGUUUCAUGAGACCUUGGAACCACUGAACGAGUGGCUCACGACCAUAGAGAAGAAACUGGCAAACUCUGAACCCGUAGGAACCCAGGCGCCGAAACUGGAGGAGCAGAUUGCUCAGCACAAAGCUUUAGAAGAUGACAUCAUCAGUCACAAUAAACACUUACACCAGGCUGUUAGCAUCGGCCAGUCCUUAAAGGUCUUGAGCUCCAGGGAUGAUAGAGAUAUGGUACAGAGUAAACUAGACUUGUCUCAAGCGUGGUACUUUGAGAUUCAAGAGAAAAGUCACAGCAGGUCUGAGCUCCUCCAGCAGGCCUUGAGCAAUGCUAAGAUUUUUGGGGAAGACGAAGUUGGGCUGAUGAACUGGCUGAGUGAAGUGCAUGGCAAACUGAGCAAGCUGUCAGUCCAGGACCACAGCACCGAGGCUCUAUGGAAACAGCAGUCUGAACUUCGGGCUCUACAAGAAGACAUCCUCCUCAGGAAACAGAAUGUAGACCAGGCACUGCUGAACGGCUUAGAGCUGCUCAAACAAACCACAGGUGAUGAAGUUUUGAUAAUUCAAGACAAGUUGGAAGCCAUUAAAGCAAGGUACAAAGACAUCACCAAACUGAGCGGCGAUGUAGCGAAGACUCUGGCACAGGCUCUGCAGCUCGCCAGCCAGCUUCAGUCCAUUCACAAGGAGCUGUGCAACUGGCUGGACAGGGUGGAGGUGGAGUUACUGUCCUACGAGACUCAGGCCCUGAAGGGAGAACCCUCAAGCCAAGUCCACGAGAGACAGAAAGAGCUGAAAAAGGAAGUCAAGAGCAACAAAGCCUUACUGGACUCUCUUAACGAAGUGAGCGGCGCGCUGUUGGAGCUUGUGCCCUGGAGGGCGAGGGAAGGACUGGAGAAAAUGGUGGCCGAGGACAACGAGCGCUACCGGUUGGUGAGCGACACCAUCACCCAGAAAGUGGAAGAGAUCGAUGCUGCCAUUCUGCGGUCUCAGCAGUUUGAACACGCGGCAGAUGCUGAGCUAUCCUGGAUUACUGAAACACAGAAGAAGUUAAUGUCUCUGGGUGACAUCCGGCUUGAGCAAGACCAGACCUCUGCUCAGCUGCAGGUUCAAAAGGCAUUCACCAUGGAUAUUUUGAGACACAAGGAUAUUAUUGACGAACUUGUUCAAUCCGGGCAUAAAAUCAUGGCCACCUCCAGCGAAGAGGAAAAGCAGUCAAUGAAGAAAAAACUGGACAAAAUAUUGAAGAGCUAUGAUGCCAUUUGCCAGAUUAACUCAGAGAGGCAUCUGCAGCUGGAACGGGCCCAGUCCCUGGUUAGCCAGUUCUGGGAGACGUACGAGGAACUUUGGCCAUGGCUGACAGACACACAGCGAAUCAUCUCCCAGCUGCCUGCCCCGGCCCUGGAAUAUGAGACUCUGAGACGGCAGCAGGAAGAGCACCGGCAACUGCGAGAACUGAUAGCUGAGCACAAGCCUCACAUCGAUAAGAUGAACAAGACCGGGCCCCAGUUACUGGAACUGAGCCCAAAGGAAGGCGUCCAUAUCCAAGAGAAGUACGUGGCAGCCGACACCCUUUACUGUCAAAUCAAAGAGGAUGUCAAGAAGAGAGCCGUGGUACUUGAUGAAGCCAUUUCCCAGUCGACUCAGUUUCACGACAAGAUCAACCAGAUCCUUGAGAGCCUGGAGCGCAUUGUGGAGCGUCUGAGGCAGCCACCGUCCAUCUCUGCUGAGGUUGAAAAGAUCAAGGAGCAGAUUGGCGAAAAUAAGAGUGUGUCUGUGGACAUGGAGAAGUUGCAGCCACUGUACGAGACCCUGCGGCAGAGGGGGGAGGAGAUGAUUGCCAGGUCUGAGGGCGCCGAGAAAGACAUAUCUGCCAAAGCUGUGCAGGAUAAGUUGGACCAAAUGGUCUCCAUUUGGGAAAACAUACACACCCUGGUAGAAGAAAGGGAAGCCAAACUGCUGGAUGUCAUGGAGCUGGCAGAGAAGUUCUGGUGUGACCACAUGUCACUGGUUGUCACCACGAAAGACACUCAAGAUUUCAUCAGGGACCUGGAAGAUCCAGGGAUCGACCCCUCGGUAGUAAAACAGCAGCAGGAAGCAGCAGAGGCAAUAAGAGAGGAAAUUGAUGGACUGCAAGAGGAGCUAGACAUGGUCAUCACCUUGGGCUCUGAGCUCAUCGCUGCGUGCGGGGACCCUGAUAAGCCCAUUGUCAAGAAAAGUACAGAUGAGUUAAACUCAGCCUGGGACUCUCUGAAUAAAGCUUGGAAAGACCGGGUGGACAAACUGGAAGAGGCCAUGCAAGCUGCCGUUCAGUACCAAGACGGAUUGCAGGCAAUAUUUGACUGGGUUGAUAUCGCAGGCAAUAAGUUAGCCUCAAUGUCUCCAAUCGGGACGGAUCUUGAGACUGUCAAGCAGCAGAUUGAAGAGCUGAAGCAAUUUAAGUCAGAGGCUUACCAACAACAGAUAGAAAUGGAAAGACUGAACCAUCAAGCGGAACUUUUGCUGAAGAAAGUAACAGAAGGAGGUGACAGGCACACUGUUCAGGACCCGCUGAUAGAGCUGAAGCUGAUAUGGGACAGCCUGGAUGAGAGGAUUGUCAGCAGACAGCACAAGCUGGAGGAUGCUCUCUUGGCUCUGGGUCAGUUCCAGCACGCCCUGGAUGAGCUCCUGGCAUGGCUGACUCACACCAAGGGCUUGCUGAGUGAGCAGAAGCCUGUUGGGGGAGACCCGAAGGCCAUUGAAAUUGAACUCGCCAAGCAUCACGUGCUCCAAAAUGACGUUCUAGCCCACCAGUCCACAGUGGAAGCUGUCAACAAAGCAGGAAACGAUCUGAUUGCAUCCAGUGCGGGAGAAGAAGCAAGCAACCUCCAGUACAAGCUCAAAAUCUUAAAUCAACGCUGGCAGGAUAUUUUGGAAAAAACAGAUCAAAGGAAGCAGCAGCUGGAUAGUGCCUUGCGCCAGGCCAAAGGGUUCCAUGGUGAAAUCGAAGAUUUGCAGCAGUGGCUGACAGAUACAGAGCGUCACCUCUUGGCAUCCAAACCCCUGGGAGGUUUGCCAGAAACAGCCAAGGAGCAGCUUAAUGCACAUAUGGAAGUGUGCUCUGCCUUCAACAUCAAAGAAGAAACAUACAAGAGUCUGAUGCAGAAAGGGCAACAGAUGCUCGCAAGAUGUCCCAAAUUUGCAGAGACAAAUAUUGACCAAGACAUAAACAACCUGAAAGAGAAAUGGCAGUCUGUGAAAAGCAAGCUCAACGAGAAGAAGACUAAGCUGGAAGAGGCCCUCCACUUGGCAAUGGACUUCCACAACUCCCUCCAGGACUUCAUCAACUGGCUUACCCAGGCCGAACAAACCCUGAAUGUGGCUUCUCGGCCAAGCCUUAUCUUGGACACAAUCUUGUUCCAAAUCGAUGAGCACAAGGUCUUCGCCAAUGAAGUGAAUUCUCACCGCGAGCAGAUAAUAGAGCUGGACAAGGCUGGAACCCACCUGAAGUACUUCAGCCAGAAACAAGAUGUGGUGAUCAUCAAGAACCUGCUCAUCAGCGUGCAGAGCCGGUGGGAAAAGGUGGUCCAGCGGUUAGUGGAGAGAGGGCGGUCCCUGGACGACGCAAGGAAGAGGGCCAAGCAGUUCCAUGAAGCUUGGAGUAAACUAAUGGAGUGGCUGGAAGAGUCAGAAAAAUCUUUGGAUUCUGAACUGGAAAUCGCCAAUGAUCCAGACAAAAUAAAAACACAGCUGGUACAGCACAAGGAGUUUCAGAAAUCCCUCGGAGGCAAACAUUCUGUGUAUGACACCACCAAUCGAACUGGGCGUUCUCUGAAGGAGAAAACGUCGCUGGCUGAUGACAGCCUGAAGCUGGACAGCAUGCUGAGUGAACUGAGGGAUAAGUGGGACACCAUAUGCGGGAAGUCUGUGGAAAGACAAAAUAAAUUGGAGGAGGCCCUGUUAUUUUCUGGACAAUUCACAGAUGCCCUGCAGGCCCUCAUCGAUUGGCUGUACCGAGUGGAGCCGCAGCUGGCAGAAGACCAGCCUGUCCACGGAGACAUUGACUUAGUGAUGAACCUGAUUGAUAAUCACAAGGUCUUCCAAAAAGAGUUGGGGAAGAGAACCAGCAGCGUGCAGGCCCUGAAGCGUUCUGCCAGAGAGCUCAUAGAAGGCAGCCGGGAUGACUCCUCCUGGGUCCAGGUCCAGAUGCAGGAGUUAAGCACCCGCUGGGAGACUGUGUGUGCACUUUCUAUAUCAAAGCAGACACGGUUAGAAGCAGCCCUGCGACAGGCAGAGGAAUUUCACUCUGUGGUCCACGCCCUCCUGGAGUGGCUGGCGGAAGCAGAGCAAACCCUGCGGUUCCACGGGGCUCUCCCAGACGAUGAGGAUGCUCUCCGCACUCUCAUUGACCAACACAAAGAGUUCAUGAAGAAACUGGAAGCAAAAAGAACCGAACUAAACAAGGCCACUGGCAUGGGGGACGCCCUUUUGGCCAUCUGCCACCCUGACUCCAUUACCACCGUUAAGCACUGGAUAACCAUCAUCCGGGCCAGGUUUGAAGAGGUGCUGGCCUGGGCAAAGCAGCAUCAGCAGAGGUUAGCAGGGGCGCUGGCCGGGCUCAUUGCUAAGCAGGAAUUGUUGGAAACUUUGCUGGCAUGGUUGCAGUGGGCCGAGACUACUCUAAGUGAGAAAGACAAGGAGGUCAUCCCACAGGAAAUUGAAGAAGUGAAAACCCUCAUUGCUGAACACCAGACUUUCAUGGAAGAAAUGACCAGAAAACAGCCUGACGUUGAUAAAGUUACCAAGACGUAUAAAAGGAGGGCAGCUGACCCUUCCUCAUUACAAUCUCACAUUCCAGUCUUGGACAAGGGACGAGCCGGAAGGAAGCGCUUCCCAGCAUCAGGCCUGUACCCAUCCGGACCACAGACACAGAUCGAAACUAAGAACCCCAGGGUUAACCUCCUGGUGAGCAAAUGGCAGCAGGUUUGGCUCCUGGCUCUGGAGAGGAGAAGGAAGCUGAACGACGCCUUGGACCGGCUGGAGGAGCUGAGGGAAUUUGCUAACUUCGAUUUUGAUGUCUGGCGUAAAAAAUACAUGAGGUGGAUGAAUCAUAAGAAAUCGCGAGUGAUGGACUUCUUCAGAAGAAUCGACAAGGAUCAGGAUGGAAAGAUCACUCGGCAGGAAUUUAUUGAUGGAAUUCUCUCCUCCAAGUUCCCAACUAGUCGCCUGGAGAUGAGUGCUGUGGCAGACAUCUUUGACAGAGACGGUGAUGGAUACAUCGACUACUAUGAAUUUGUGGCAGCUCUACACCCAAACAAAGAUGCCUACAAACCCAUCACGGAUGCUGACAAAAUUGAGGAUGAGGUCACCAGGCAAGUAGCCAAAUGUAAAUGUGCAAAGCGGUUCCAAGUUGAACAAAUCGGUGACAACAAAUACAGGUUCUUCCUGGGAAAUCAGUUUGGAGACUCCCAGCAGCUGCGACUGGUUCGGAUCCUGCGAAGUACCGUGAUGGUCCGUGUCGGAGGUGGAUGGAUGGCUCUGGAUGAGUUCUUAGUGAAAAAUGAUCCGUGCAGGGUUCAUCAUCAUGGGAGUAAAAUGUUACGUUCGGAAUCAAACUCUUCAAUUACUACUACUCAGCCUACUAUAGCUAAAGGGAGGACCAACAUGGAGCUCCGCGAGAAGUUCAUCCUAGCGGACGGUGCCAGUCAGGGGAUGGCUGCCUUCCGGCCGCGGGGCCGCAGAUCCCGGCCCUCAUCCCGAGGGGCGUCACCCAACCGGUCCUCUUCUGUAUCCAGUCAUGCUGGCCACGCAGCCUCCCCACAGGUGCCUGUCGCUGCCAGCACACCCAAGAUUCUCCACCCUUUAACACGCAAUUACGGUAAACCGUGGUUGACAAACAGCAAAAUGUCAACUCCUUGUAAAGCAGCAGAGUGCUCAGACUUUCCUGUGUCGUCAGCAGAGGGAACGCCAAUCCAGGGAAGCAAGCUGCGACUUCCAGGGUAUCUAUCAGGCAAAGGCUUCCACUCUGGGGAGGACAGAGCCUUGAUAACAGCCGCAGCGGCCAGAGUCCGAACACAGCUUGCUGAGUCCAGGAAGACUCCCAGCCGCCCUGGAAGCAGAGCCGGAAGCAAAGCUGGCAGCAGGGCCAGCAGCCGCCGAGGCAGUGAUGCGUCAGACUUUGACAUUUCGGAAAUCCAGUCUGUGUGCUCAGACGUGGAGACUGUCCCACAGAUGCACAGACCUGUGCCCCGAGCAGGUUCUCGGCCAUCCACAGCCAAGCCUUCUAAAAUCCCCACGCCCCAGAGGAAGUCACCUGCCAGCAAAUUAGACAAGUCUUCAAAGAGAUAGUGCGGUUGGCUCCAGCAAGCCCUUCCCUGAGCGUUUAUUACCUCAGUGGAUGAUGUAAAAUGCGAUGUACAGAUUACUGUGAAAUAUUGCAGGAGGCAAGUUUUUGAUUCUGCAGAUGGCCUUAUUUGUGUAUUUGUCUUUUUAUUUGAUCUGUAUCGCUUCUCGGUCAGGUUUUCUGGGGUAAAAAAAAAAAAAAAAUCACAUCAUACGCGAUACGGAAGAAAGAACUUGACAUGAACUAAUGUUCCUGCACUGUCCCGUGUAGGCCACACACUAAAGUCAGUCACUGUACCUACAGGUAAGUCUACAUCCUCUCCCACAGCCACAGCACUGCAUAGCUGACGUUAAGGGAUUACCUCAUGACACUUCUCGUUUCUAUGACAAUUCUCAACAGCUGACAGACGUAGCAGGGAAUUUUUUUUUUUUUUUUGAAAUGCUUUUACUGUAAAUUAGAAGUAAAGCAAAAGGAAAAAAAAAAACACAUCAACACACAGUUCUUCAAGCAGUAACCAACAGAGACUGACAGGAGAUUGCUUCAAGCAGCUGCGGGUACCGUGGUGUGCAAACACCUCACAGGCUUGCAGCCAGACGCGCAUCUGCUAUCAGCCGUCUACACUGUAAGAAUGUGAUGCAAAGUGCAUUCGUAUAAACGUGCCGUUUGCUUUGCUUGGGUGGACAGCAGCCCCUGUACCAUUGAACUCAUUUUGUAACAGCAAUUUCGCUUGCAAAAAAAAAAAAAAAAAAAAAAAAAAAGCUAUGAAAUAAAACAUGUCCCUUAACUUCAUUGCUAUGGAAUUAAUUUUUUUUCCCCAGGGAAAACUGGUGUAUUUUUUUAUGAACAGUAUCAAUUUGGAGUGACCAAAAGAUACUUUAAAAGUAGGUUUAUUUUGAUUUCUCUCCUGGAAUAAUCAUGUUCUGGUAUUAUAUCUACUUAUAUUUACUAAAUAUGCAUUUUAAUUUAUUAUGUAUACUCACAAUCUAGAUAAAGAUAUUAGUAUGCAUUUAAUAAAACAUAUUCACUUGAA